GGGGAACGUAAAGGCGGGGGAAACGUGCGUAAUGCAUUUGUUUCUUUCAACACCAGUGACGUAAACGUUCUUUCGCUGUAAAAAAGCGCGUAGAAUUCAUAGUUUAGGGAUGUAUGUAGAUACUGCGGCCGGAUAGGAGAGAGAAGAAAGUAAACCGCAAGCGUAUACAUGCGCAUUAGCAGCCUGCAACGCUGCUCAUGCGCGAGAGUUUGACGGGGUUGUAGGCUAGGGUUGCGUCCCUGCACGAAUACAAACCCUUUCUAGAAAGCGAUGGACGGCGACUUCUUGCUGGCGCUGCGGCUGCAGGCUGAGUGGGAGGCGGAGGAUGACGAUCAGGUCCCGGCGGUAGCAACAGUAACUGCCAGCCCUUCUUCACCGCGGCCGCUGUCAGUGGUGGACAAAGCCUGGGAGCUUCUGGACCCCAGCCCGGACGUGCGGGCUCUCUUCAUGCAGUUCAACGAGACCCUUUUCUGGGGGCGCCUGGCCGCCGUGGAAGUGAAGUGGAGCCCUCGCAUGACGCUGUGUGCUGGGGUUUGCUGCUAUGAAGGGAGAGGUGGAAUGUGCUCCAUCCGACUCAGUGAGCCACUCUUAAAGUUACGGCCAAGGAAAGAUCUUGUGGAGACCCUCUUGCAUGAAAUGAUUCAUGCCUUGUUGUUUGUCACUCACAAUAACAAAGAUCAUGAUUCCCAUGGGCCAGAGUUCUGCAAACACAUGCAUCGGAUAAAUCGCUUAACUGGUGCCAAUAUUACAAUCUAUCAUGAGUUCCAUGACGAGGUGGAUUCUUAUCGUCAGCACUGGUGGCGAUGUAAUGGUCCCUGUCAAAGUAGAAAACCAUAUUUUGGAUAUGUGAAGCGUGCAAUGAAUAGGGCACCAUCUGCAAAUGACUUCUGGUGGUCUGAACAUCAGCAGUCCUGUGGAGGGACAUUCACUAAAAUCAAAGAGCCAGAGAACUACUCCAAGAAAGGCACACAGAAAAACCAAGGAGAGCUCCCACCUGAUGACAAAGGAAGAGCUUCUGGAGGUGGUAAACAAAGCAUAAUUCCUUUUAGUGGAAGAGGAUUUGUGCUUGGAGUAAGAAGUGGAGGAUCAUUAGAGAGAACCACAAGUCCAAACAGCAGGGAGAUGCUCACUUCACCACAACAUUCAUCACCUGGUUUGAAAGGACAAAAUCCUAAAAAAGAAAUAGAAUUUGAACCAAGUGUUUCCUGUAUAGAUACUUGCCAUAUGUUUUCUUGCAGUGACAAAAAUAGCCAUGUUUCCACCAACAAACUUCCUAAAGUAUCAGUUGCUAAUACAAAAGCAUAUACUAAUGUUAAUGGCUCGCCAAUCAGGAAAAAAUCUUUUAAUGUAGGAAGAGCAGGUUUAUUCUCAACAAAUGCAAAGUACAUUUCUCUGCCUUUUAAGGAGACACAAAAAAGAACCCUUCCUGAACCAGCUAUAUCAACUCCAGGAUGUCAGACCACAUCUCAAGGAAAUAGUAGCAUGCAUGCCUAUGGAGUGCCACAAAAACAGGCAAAAAUGGAAGACAAAAGUGCCUUUGCAAAUUACUUCAUAAAGAAAUCGGGUCCAGAGCACACAAGUCUGUCUGUGAAGAUCAAGGAUGAAUCUGUAUCCUGUGAAUACACUGCUACUUCUGCGAAUCCUCAGACAAGAAAAGUUAGUUGCCCUGCCUGUCAUUCUCAGGUCUUAGAAGCUAAAAUUAAUGAACACUUAGAUUCUUGUCUCUGAGAUGAGUGUGUUGCUCAGGGUUUGCCUAAUUAAGUGCUUCAUUGUAUCUUUCCAGUUUGUUGUGGGGAAGAGAAUUCACUAGCCACCUUGCCAUUUUGUAUGCAGUGAGAUCCUUGUUUAGUUUGGAGUAGUUCUUUUCUGGACUGUUAAUAAUGCACUAGACCCUGAAUAUAUUUUACAGUCUCUGUUGCAUUUGAGUCUUAUUUUUUUGAAAAUAAACUUAAAUUUUGCUGCCAAAA